GGCGAGGUUUUGAAUUCUUCUGCUUCUUUCUAUUUCUCUCAGCAGACGAAACAUAAUUUGAAACAAUGACUCUCUGGUAUCGACAGUCCGGCGCGGACUAUCAAACUGCGGUCUGGGCUUACUAUCGAUAUUUCCCGUCUGAGGUAGCUGCCAUCAUCUUCACUGCCCUUUUUGCUAUUGCAACAUUUGUUCAUCUAUAUAAACUCCUCCGCCACCGGACAUGGUUUUUCAUUCCCUUCAUCAUUGGGGGCUUCUUCGAAUGGGUUGGGUAUAUUGGCCGUAUCUUGUCCAGCAAUGAAAGUCCCGAUUGGACGUUGGGCCCAUACAUCCAGCAGACCCUCUUGCUCCUAUUGGCUCCUGCGCUCUUUGCAGCUUCGAUAUAUAUGAUGCUUGGAAGGAUUGUGACGCUACUAGAUGCUGAGCAGCAUUGUAUUUUUAGGAAGAAGUGGCUCACAAAGUUCUUUGUUUGUGGUGAUAUUUUAUCCUUCACCGUACAAGCUGCCGGUGGCGGUGUCAUGGCUAGUGGUACUAUCUCAGCAGUACACAAUGGUGAAAAGAUUGUUAUUUCUGGUCUCGCUAUACAGAUCCUUUUCUUUGGAUUCUUUGUGAUUACAUGUGCGCUCUUUCAUAGGCGCAUUAACAAGUUUCCCACAGAGCACUCAUUGGAAUUGGGCAGUUCCUGGCGAAAGCACCUGUACAUCCUCUAUGCAGCCAAUAUCCUCAUUCUGAUCCGAUCUGUCUUUCGGCUUAUCGAGUACGCAAUGGGUAACGACGGUUACCUCCUACGGCAUGAGGUCUUCCUCUAUGUGUUUGAUGGAGUCCUCAUGCUGACGACAAUGAUUCUAUUCGCCGUAUUCCAUCCUAGCGGACUGAUAUCGCGCAGGGGAAAAGGAAUUGAACUGAAUCGUAAUGUCUAA